AUGGCUCCGGGGGCAGCUCCCGCCGGAGGCGGCGGCAACAUCAAGGUCGUGGUUCGUGUCCGGCCGUUCAACGGACGAGAAAUCGACCGAGGCGCAAAAUGUAUCGUCGAAAUGCGUGACAACCAGACCGUCCUAACUCCGCCACCCGAUGCGGUCGAGCGUGGUGGAGGCAAGGGCGGGAAAGAUCAUGGCCAGAAGGUUUUCGCAUUUGACAGAUCGUACUGGUCCUUCAACAAGGAUGAUUCAAAUUACGCCGGCCAGUCCAAUCUGCACGACGACCUCGGAAAGCCGCUCCUGGACAAUGCCUUCCAGGGUUACAACAACUGUAUCUUCGCCUACGGCCAGACUGGUUCUGGAAAGUCUUACUCUAUGAUGGGAUAUGGGAAAGAGCAUGGUAUCAUUCCGAACAUUUGUCAGGAUAUGUUUAUGCGCAUCCAAGCUCUGCAGCAAGCAGACCCGAACUCCAAGUGCACGGUCGAGGUAUCAUAUCUCGAAAUUUACAAUGAGCGCGUCCGCGAUCUUCUUAAUCCAUCAACAAAAGGAAACCUCAAGGUCCGAGAACAUCCCUCUACUGGUCCUUAUGUCGAAGAUCUUGCAAAGUUGGUCGUUGGCAGCUUCCAGGAGAUUGAGCACCUCAUGGACGAGGGUAACAAGGCGAGAACAGUUGCAGCCACGAACAUGAACGAGACGUCCAGUCGAAGUCAUGCAGUCUUCACGCUCAUGCUUACACAAAAGAAAUUUGAUGUUGAGACCAAGAUGGAGAUGGAGAAGGUGGCCAAGAUUAGUCUGGUGGAUUUGGCUGGUUCCGAAAGAGCUACAUCUACCGGUGCCACUGGAGCGCGGUUGAAGGAAGGUGCUGAGAUCAAUCGAUCGCUGUCUACCUUAGGUCGUGUUAUUGCGGCGCUCGCUGAUCUCUCCACGGGGAAGAAGAAGAAAGGCGCACAUGCCCAAGUGCCUUACAGAGACAGUGUUCUGACAUGGCUUCUCAAAGACUCGCUAGGAGGAAACAGUAUGACAGCUAUGAUUGCUGCUAUCAGUCCAGCUGAUAUCAACUAUGACGAGACUCUUAGCACGCUUCGAUAUGCUGAUUCUGCAAAGAGAAUCAAGAACCACGCCGUGAUCAACGAGGACGCCAAUGCUCGCAUGAUCAGAGAACUGAAAGAGGAACUGGCGCUUCUACGAAGCAAAAUGGGAGGCGGAGGCGGAGCGGCUGGCAUCGCAGUACCACCCGAGGAGGUGUAUGCCGAAGGAACACCCCUUGAACAACAGAUUGUUAGCAUUACACAGGCCGACGGAACGGUCAAGAAAGUUUCCAAGGCUGAGAUUGCUGAGCAAUUGAAUCAAAGUGAGAAGCUGCUGCAGGACCUAAACCAAACCUGGGAGCAGAAGUUGCAAAAGACCGAAGAGAUCCACAAAGAGCGAGAAGCUGCUCUGGAAGAACUUGGUAUCAGCAUAGAGAAGGGAUUCAUCGGAUUAAGUACGCCUAAGAAGAUGCCGCACUUGGUCAACCUGUCCGAUGAUCCUCUUCUCGCCGAAUGUCUAGUUUACAAUUUAAAGCCAGGGACAACGACAGUUGGCAAUGUGGAGUCAAAUGCAGAUCACCAAGCAAACAUUCGGCUGAAUGGCUCUCGAAUAUUACAUGAGCAUUGUUCUUUCGAGAAUGCUGCGGAUGGAACUGUUACAUUGAUUCCAAUGGAAGGCGCCGCAGUCAUGGUUAAUGGCAAGCGAGUCACCGAACCAAAGCAGCUGCAUUCGGGAUACCGCGUUAUCUUAGGAGACUUCCACAUUUUCAGAUUCAAUCACCCUCUGGAAGCCAAAGCAGAACGCGCAGAGCACAGUCAGAGCCUUCUACGGCAGUCUAUUACCGUCAGUCAACUUCAGGGUCUCGAGCGAACAUCGCCUUCUCAUAGCCCGCGACCUGGUGGUCAUGAACGCUCGUGGAGCAAAGCAGGCUCUGAGAUUGGUGAGAGUCGGCCAGACUCUCCAGCUCCAUUUCAGAGAAGCGGUCGGGAUUCAGACUGGUCAUUUGCUCGGCGAGAGGCGGCCGGAGCUAUUCUUGGAACAGAUCAAAACUUCACGAGCCUUACAGAUGAAGAACUGAAUGCUUUGUUUGAGGAAGUCCAGCGCGCUCGCGCAGAGCGUGUCAUGGAGAGAGGAGACGAAGACAUGGAAUCCAUGGCAUCUUAUCCUAUCCGAGAAAAGUACCUCUCAACAGGAACUAUCGAUAAUUUCUCGUUAGACACAGCGCUCACAAUGCCCUCGACGCCGAAACAAGGAGAGGCUGAUGACUCCUUGCGCGAAGCUCGCGAAGAGAUGCAGUCUCAGCUCGAUAAGCAGAAAGAGCAGUUCCAAGAUCAGCUAAAGAGUGCUGAAGCUGCGAAUGUCGAAGUUGAGGAAAUUAAGAAAGAGAAGGUUCGCAUGGAAGAGACGUUGAAACAGUUGAAGCAAGAUAUGCAGAAGCAGCUGGAUGUCCAAAGAAAGGAGUAUGAAGCAAAGAUCGAGAAACUCGAUCCGUUGAAAAGACCCAAAGCCAAGCCGAAGCUCUCUGAAGAGGAGAUCGAGAUAGCGAAGAAAGUUGUCAAACAUUGGAGAAGCCGGAAAUACGUCCGCAUGGCCGAGGCCGUACUUCAGCACGCUGCCACCCUAAAGGAAGCGCAGGUCAUGAGCCAUGAGUUGGAUGAACAUGUUGUCUUCCAGUUCUGUGUUGUGGACGCCGGGCAUACUCUAUGCUCCUCAUACGACAUGGUCCUAAAUGGGCUAUCCGGUGAGGGGGAUGACAUCGCUCUCGAGCAAGCGCAAAAGCCUUGUAUUGGCGUCCGUGUCGUCGAUUACAAGCACAAUGUUGCCCACCUAUGGAGCUUGCAAAAGCUGCAUGACCGUGUGAGGCAGAUGCGUCAAAUGCAUCAGUAUCUCGAUCAGCCAGAGUAUGCCCAACAUCUCAGCCUGGACAACCCAUUCAUUGAGACUUGCAUGCCUCAGUACACGCUGGUGGGAGAAGCUGAUGUGCCGCUCAAAGCUGUCUUUGAGAGUCGUGUUCAGGAUUUCCAUCUGGAUGUUUUGUCCCCCCAUACCUCACAAACAAUUGGCAUCAUUAAGCUUGCCUUGGAGCCUUCGAGCGCACGAGCACCUACCAAUACCCUCAAGUUCAAUGUUGUCAUGCAUGAAAUGGUGGGCUUUCCGGAGCGAGAAGGCACAGAAGUGCAUGCUCAGAUCUUCAUCCCAGGCGUUUCUGAGGAAGACGGGGUUACGACCACACAAAUGAUCAAAGACUUCGAUGAAGAGCCGAUAAGAUUUGAAAGCGUUCAUAGCAUGAGCGUUCCUCUCUUCAGCCCUCCAGAUGUCACGCUUCGCGUGGCUAUUUUUGCAAAGGUGACUUCAAUGCACCUUGACAAGCUCCUAAGCUGGGAUGAUAUGAGGGAUGGUGUGCCACUGUCCAGAAGUCGGCCCAAGUCCGCUCGUAUUGCAGAGUCUCACUUCUACACCGAGGAGAAGCAUGACUUGCUGGCUCGCAUCCAGAUCCUGGAGCUCAACGAAGCUGGCGAGUACGCUCCUGUUGAAGUCACCCAGACUAGCGAACUUGAUAGUGCUGAGAAGUAUCGUGUUCAGAUGGCGAUUGCCUGGGACGUGAGCUCUGAGAAGCUCGCCGAGCCAAUGAAGUUCUCCAUGAAUGCCUGCUUGCAGAUUUUGUCAAGAUCAUUUGUAAGACAGACAUCUAUGUUCUCGUCUCUGUGGCAGAACAUUCGGUUCGUUCACUCCUCGACUGCCAUCUUCACUCUGAAGAUGAAGCCAGCUCCCAUCAAGAAAGUAGGCGACUUAUGGAGAAUGAACAGCCAGCAUGAUUACGUUAAGGGCGAGGAAUACCUGACUGCUUGGACUCCACGAGGGGUAUCUCUUGUAAGUGAUUACAUCAAUUCCAAGAAGAAAAGAAGACGAAUUGCGGAGAUCGGUGCAAUUCAAAACCUGCUCAAGAGGGUUGGCAUGCCGGAGCCCAGAAACAAGGUGGAUGACAACGAUGAUCAAUCGGACUCUGACAUCCCGCGGCCCAAGUCUCGUGCAGACGACGUGGAUUCGAUUGACGAGCUUCUCCAAGAUACCCCUGAUGCGUCACAGCUCCUGUCAACAGAAGAAGGAGAUGGAGAGGAGCCAGAACAAACGGAAGAGAGCCAACAGCCAAAGGCGGAGCAGUCAUCAGAGCCACAAUUUACAGACCAUGAAGCCGAUGUCCUACAACGCUGCAUCAAACUCUGGAUGAGGUACCCAGACCCACUUGCAAACAUUCUAGGGCCUAAUAAUACAGACCCUCCAGCCAAUGGAAUAACUCCAGAAUCGCCGGCACCACCGGACUUGAUCACGACCAUAAUCCGUGUUCCCAAGAACCCUACAGUGCUGAAGGGUGGUUACCUGCUUGUUCCUAGCAGCGAUUCAACACGAUGGGUCAAGCGGUUUGUGGAGCUUCGCAGACCAUACCUCCAUAUUCACAAUAGUUCCGACGGAGAGGAAAUAGCCAUAGUCAGCUUGCGCAACUCCAGGGUUGACAGUCAGCCUGGUAUCCUGGGCCUGUUGAAUGGAGGUGAUUAUGACCACCACUCCGACGGAGAUGGACAUCACGGAGAUGGACAUCAAAAUGGUGAAGGCAGCGACUUUACUCCUAGUCAUCGAAGAACCUCAUCGGGAAGAGUGAUAUCAACUAUCUGGACUGGCACUGGAGGCACGACCAAUGGCAAGGCCGGCCAAGGACUUGCUAAGCUCAGUGACAGGCUACAAGCAGGCGUUUUCGCUGUCUACGGGACGGACAACACAUGGCUAUUCGCAGCACGCAGUGAGCGCGAGAAGCUAGACUGGAUCUUCCGCAUCGACCAGAGCUAUUUCUCCUCGAGUGGAGAGGGAAGUGGCGCGGCGAGCCCCUAUCCGGGAACUUAUCCGCGAGAUGAUAAUGAUUUUGCGAAUGGCGCAGACUAA